GUAGCAUCAUAAAUGAGUCAUAGACACUGUAAUCUAGACAGCACAAGCAGGUUCAGUUACAGUUGGGAACAUGCAUCCUGCAGCAUAGUCCCCACGUCCUUCUUCAGCCACCAACCUGUGUUUAACCCACCUACACCUUGAAAGAAUUCACUUUUAUGCAGUUUUAUUUAAUCCAGCAAUGAUUGAGAAGCCCUGAGGCACCUCAGCACACUGCCCUCGGUCGGUUGGAGAUCUCACUGCACGCGGGGAGAGCAGUAUAGCAGGGCUCUCUGGCUCCUCUCAUCUCAUUCUUUGGAAGAUGGCGGACUGCGCUUCACUGUUAGACGACGAGCUCUCUUCAUUUGUCUUCAAUUACUUGACUGAAAACUCCGGCAGCCAGUAUGGGGAAGAGGAGGUCUGCUCAGAUGCUGACUUCCCUGACUUUGACCUCUCGCAGCUGGACGCCAGUGAUUUUGACUCGGUGAACUGCCUCAGUGAGCUGCAUUGGUGCGACGAGCACUCAGAUCACUCCCCUGCCUCCAUACAGUACAGCGGCGGAGACCCAGAGCUAUUCGAGGAAGAAAAUGCGGCACUGCUGGCUGCCCUCACAGACAGCCUGGACGGCAUUGUUGAGGACGGAGUCGGGGGUCUGUCUGUGUUCCCUUCGCUGGGGGACGACCCUGAGGAGGGCGAGGAGGAGGAGGAGGAGGAGGAGGAAGAUGACCUCCCUUUGGACAGUGAGCCCCUCCCUGGCUCAUUGAGCCCAGAGACAGAAGACCCAUCUCUACUCAAAAAGCUCCUGUUGUCGCCCCCUAAUGUGCCUGCGGGCCUCGAUUCGCACAAAGACGGUAGCGUGUUUCGCCAUAGCAGCAGAAGCCAGCACGUCAAACCCGUGAAGCCCCUACUCAAGAAGGACAAAUCAAGCACACAGGAGCGUAAGCCACGGCUGGCGAGGCCCUCCGGUCGUCUUUGCACUGAGCUCCACCGGCACCUCACCACCGCGCAGGAGACCGAGGACACACCUUCAGCUGACACAGAGGAAGAGGAGGAAGAGGAAGAGGACAGUGACUCAGAGGAGUCGUCCAGCAGCGAGGGCGAGAGCAUGGUCUGUGUCGAGCCACCAAAGCCUCAGUUCUCCUCGGAGAAGGAGCUGCACUCUGUAGUGGAGCUCAUCAAAUACAUGCACACGUACUGCCUGCCCAUACGCAAACAGGCCAUCUGGGAUCGCAGAGAGCGUAAGGCCAAGCCCGAGAGCUCGCAGAUCUCCCGCAGUCUUCCUGUGAACCCUCAGAAACCAUCUCCUCUGACCAAGCCGAGGGCUCCCUUCACUCGCCGCAGGGAAAUCAAAGCCCACUCGCUUCUGAAGGAUCUGCUGGAGGAUGUCAGCUCAUUUGACGUGAGCAAGCCUUACAGAAUGCACAGCCCUCCUUAUAUCCACUGCAGAGGGGCUGCGACUCGGCUCGCCACUGAACUUCAGCCCAAAGCCGAACCUAAAGACUCGGACUGCGAGAGCUCGCAGAAGGCCGCAAAGCGCCCCAAGAGCCCCGAGCCGGAAGAAGGCUCCUUCUCGGUCAGGCGUUCUCGCCGGCUGGCCUCCUUCCCCAGCCGAUUCGCUAAGAGAGUGCGUGUGAACUGCAGACGGUCGGAAGCCAGUGUUGGACAAUCGAGCGAGGAGGAGAACGCGGUCAAGCAUCCUCCCACCGAGCCUCCUUCUGAUAGCAGGCAGAGGAGCAGCUCCCACAAGACGUCUGAAGCCCAUAACCCACGCUGCAGUGACGAGAAACGCUCCUGCCUCUGUCUGCCGCUGGCGUCCAAAUCCAACGGAGACGCGCCGUAUGCCAACAAGCCCUUUGAGCAGACUCUCUCUGUGGAGCUGUGUGGCACAGCAGGCCUGACCCCCCCCACCACACCUCCUCAUAAACCAGUGGAGGACGAGCUCUUCAAACCAGAUGGAAAAGUUGAGCUCAGCACCAAGAGUUCGUGCCUGGCGCGGGCGCAUAUACGCAAGCUCCCAGAGCAGACGGAGCUGUACGCCCAGCUGCGCCGGAUGGGCCAAACGGGCGACAUGGACGCUAAGGAAGGGGCGCAACGUGCGUACGGGGACCACGAUUACUGCCUGUUGGGCCUGGGAGAGAGUUGCAAGACACUGGAGCUAGAGAGACAGGAGGAGAGGCUCCUAACCGAUCGCCAGCAAAGGACUGAGGCUGAUUCACCCGGUCCAGAGCAGACCAGUCAACCCUCACCUGUCCGGCCUCCCACCCCAGAGCUGGACGCCCAGUCCCCAGUUUCCUGUUCGCCCCCCUCUCCCGGCUGCAAACUCCCCUUCAGCGAUGAGAGCUCUGUGACAUGCCACGGCGCAGCUGAGAAAUGGAGCAAGACAAAGUGUGGACAAGAGAAUGAUGUGAACAAGUGCCAAGUGAUCUACAUUCACAACCUUCCGAGCAGCGUCACUCAGUCCAUGCUGCGUAAGCGCUUCGAGGCCUUCGGCCGUCCGGAGGACUGUAAAGUGGUCAUCAAAAACGAGGAGCGUUGUGGGGUGAUCACACUGAGACCAUCUCAGGACGGCCAGACCUCACGGCACAGGUGGGACUCACUCGGUCCGAGCGGAGGGAGCAGCAGCCAGCGGUUCGACAGGAAGCGUUACAUAGAUCUGGAUGAGGCGGGUCCCGGUCCGGUGAAGAGCAAGUAUGAUGCACUGGACUUUGACGCACUGCUGAAAGAGGCCCAGAGGAGCCUGCAUCGCUGACACGCGCCUUACCACGCCUCCAGAGUAACGCCCUGUUCGAGACUCGCCUCAGCAGCUCAACCAAGGCACUUCUUCAUGUUUACAUUUUGAACAUUGGAAUAAAAAAAUAGACCUUGUCACUCCUGAGGAUCAGAGGUCAUUGGGGAGGGAGGAUUACAAAGGAACAGAAACAGCUUUGAGACACUGGACACAAGUGCUGCUUCUCGUGUGUGUUUGAUGCCAUUCGUGAUGUUGCGAGCGGCUCGGGCUUUGUAGCAAACCGCACUCUUUUCCAUCGGUUGUUGUGACAUGCGUGUUUUUUUUUUUUUUUUUUUUUUGUACCCCUUUGUCACUCUUCUUAGACCUGCAAGGUGCUUUCACCGUUUUGUCGUACAAAUAUAUAAACAAUAACAGCUUUGUAUUAGCAAAACUUUGUGGAUGUUCAACUCUCUGUGUGUGUGUGUGUUACGAUGGAUAAAAAGUGGAUUUUAAAAAAACGACAAACAAAAAAAUCCUACCAGGUAGAGUUUACAGAUCAAGUAAUUAAGUCAAGAAAAGAGUAGUCUUUUUGUAAUUUUAGUGCUUCCUUGAUUUCAUCUAUGCACUCAAACGAGGUAGUGCUUCUUUAGUCUGGCCUCUGCCCUCCUCUGGUGUGGAAGGGGCUUUUGCUGCUGGCUGUCAGACACAACCGAGUCCAAACCCGACUGUGCUACCUUAAAACUGAAGUGUGUCAUCUUUUUUAACUUUAAAAUACUCCAAUCCCAGCCAAAAAACUGUUUAAGUAAACACAAAUCCUAAAAAAGAAUAUCAAAACAUCUUUUGAUGUUUGAGCAGCCUGACACAUCCAAUGGUGUGAGUUGAGGGGUGGAGCUUUCUGUUUGGCUGACCAAUUGGAAACCUGUUUGAAAACAGUCAUUAUGUUUGGUGCAGAGCUACACACUUCCUCUUUAAUUCUCUAGUUGCGGUUACUGUUUUACUUGUCAGAAUGCGACCCAAUCUGGAUCAGAAUCCCAAUCUGAAGGAAACGUUUUUCAAGAAUGUAAUGUAUCACAAAUGUGAUUGUAAUGCCCAUCCUAUUGGUCUA